AUUCAUUGAAGAAAAUAUUUUGCAGGUUGGAUUUUUAAAUUGUCUGUUGGUUAGCACUUGCCAGAUAUAACUAAAAUACUGAAGGAUCUGUUGGUGGAAGCCUCAUGAUUGACUUGACCUUGACCAUGGUGGUUCUAUGCAGCCCACUUGGUGGAAGCUUCAUUGAAGGUCCUCCUUGUAGACAAGCUAAUCUAGCACUUGCUUUUUAUGGUAAUACUUCCUUCGAUUUCAAGUUGCAGCCCGAGUGGGUACGUAGCUAGUAGCCUGUCCCAAUCUGAAUAAUUGGUCCAAAGUGGAUUGUAGUGGCUUCUCUGUCAGCAGAGCAUGCAUGCAUGCCUAACUAAGAACAUUUGUAGGCUCAGCCUCUCCCAUCCUGUCUAUAUAUACACAUUCUCUUCUGCCUUCUCUGAAUAGCAGAGCAGAGCACAUUCACAUUCUUCUCCAUGCCUCCCCUCUACAUAUUAUCACUCUGGCUUCUCUUCGUGCACACUACUCCUUGGUGCUCCUCCUCUGCAACUGCAAGCAAUGACACUCUCAUGGCAGGCCAAGAGCUGGUCUUCGGUGACAAGCUUGUCUCGAGAAAUGGCAAGUUCGCGCUUGGCUUCUUCCAGUUCCAUCCAGCAAGCACCAUCAGUAAGUCAUCCCACAACACCACAUCUCCCAGCUCCAGCUUGUGGUACCUUGGCAUAUGGUUCAAUAAGAUCCCAGUUUUCACAGCUGUAUGGAUUGCUAAUAGGGAUCAGCCCAUUACCAACCCCAGUGUCAACCUAACACAGCUCAAGAUAUCAAGAGAUGGCAAUCUUGUCAUAGUAAACCAUGCCGCCAACAAUGAAUCCAUUGUUUGGUCCACUCACAUUGUCAAUAAUAGGACACACAGCAGCAUCAAAGCCACUAGUUCUGCCGUUCUCUUGAACAGUGGAAACCUUGUCCUCAAAGAGAGCCGGUCAUCUGACCUACUGGCAUGGCAGAGCUUCGACUACCCAACAGAUGUUGUGCUUGCUGGUGCUAAGUUAGGCCGAAACAAGGUCACUAGUUUCACUCGCCAACCCAUCUCAAGGAAGAGCCUCAUUGAUCCGGGGCUCGGUUCAUACAGCAUUGAAUUAGAAGACACCAGGGGGCUUGUCCUCAGUCGCCGCAACAACCCAUCUGUAGUGUAUUGGCAGUAUGCAUCCUCCACAACAUCAUCAUUCAAUCUUGUACGAGUACUCAACUCACUGCUUGAUUCGAAUUCUCUGACCAAAGGUUUAUAUAACCUAGUAUAUGUUGAUAACGACCAAGAGGAGUACUACAUGUACACUUCACACAAUGAAUCAUCGCCUUCUGUAUUUGUCUCACUAGACAUGUCUGGUCAGAUAAAGCUGAAUCAUUGGUCGCAAGCUAAUCAGUCUUGGCAAAUCAUAUAUGCCCAACCUGACGAUCCCUGCAACCCGCCUGCUGCCUGUGGACCUUUUACGGUCUGCAGAGGCAAUCCAAAUCCAUCAUGUAACUGCAUGGAGAGCUUCUCUCAGAAGUCGCCGCAGGAUUGGAAGUUUCAAGAUCGAACAGGAGGAUGCAUCAGAAAUACACCUUUGCAUUGCACUAGUGACAAAAACAUCACAAGUUCAACAGACAUGUUCCAGCCCAUUGCUCAAGUUACAUUGCCCUACAGUCCACAAAUCAUAGCCGUUGCUACCACUCAGAGCGAAUGCGAAGCAACUUGUCUCGGUUCCUGCUCCUGCACUGCCUAUUCCUAUAAUGAUAGCAAAUGCUCUGUCUGGAACGGGGAGUUGCUUAGUGUAACUCUUAGUGAUGGCAUUGAAUACACUUCUAAAGAUGUUCUUUAUCUUCGUCUUGCUGCCAAAGAUUUCAUGCCAAGUUUGAGGAAAAACAAAAGAAAACCGAACGUUGGAGUUGUUACCGCUGCAAGCAUUAUUGGCUUUGGGUUACUCAUGCUCAUGUUUCUGUUACUGAUUUGGAGGAACAGAUUUAAGUGGUGUGGUUUCCUUCCAUUACACUAUGACAAUCAAGGCAGUGUUGGUGGGAUUAUAGCCUUCAGAUAUACUGAUUUAGUUCGUGCUACUAAAAACUUCUCUGAGAAGCUGGGUGGUGGAGGUUUUGGUUCUGUAUACAAGGGGAUGUUAAGUGACUCGAAGACUACUGUAGCAGUGAAAAGGCUUGAUGGUGCCCGUCAAGGGGAGAAGCAGUUCAGGGCCGAGGUGAGUUCAAUUGGACUGAUCCAACAUAUCAACCUUGUGAAAUUGGUUGGUUUCUGCUGCGAAGGUGAUCACAGAUUACUUGUGUACGAGCACAUGUUAAAUGGUUCUCUUGAUGGUCAUCUGUUUAAGAAGAGCAAUAAUGUUGAUGCUGUUGUGCUAAACUGGAACACCAGAUAUCAGAUAUCCCUAGGAAUUGCCAGAGGAUUGUCCUACUUGCAUCAGAGUUGUCGCGAGUGCAUCAUACACUGCGAUAUUAAGCCAGAGAACAUACUUGUGGAUGCAUCAUUUAUUCCUAAAGUCGCAGACUUUGGAUUGGCAGCAUUUGUGGGGAGGGAUUUCAGCCGAAUUCUCACUUCAUUCAGAGGAACGGUAGGUUAUCUUGCCCCAGAGUGGCUUAGCGGAGUGGCGAUCACACCAAAAGUCGACGUUUACGGCUUCGGCAUGGUCCUGCUGGAAAUUAUAUCAGGAAGGAGGAAUUCCUCACCAGCAAUAUCACACAACACUGAGAGCAGCAGCAACAGUUACCAACAUCACGAAUAUUUCCCUGUGCAAGCCAUCAAGAAGCUUCACGAGGGAGAUGUGAAAAGUUUAGUGGAUACACAAUUGCAUGGUGACUUCAAUUUGGAAGAGGCUGAAAGGGUUUGCAAAGUUGCAUCGUGGUGCAUCCAAGAUAAUGAGUUUGAUCGACCGACUAUGAGUGAAGUGGUCCGUGUUCUCGAGGGUCUACAAGAGAUUGAUAUACCCCCAAUGCCAAGACUCCUUGCAGCUAUGAUGGAACAAUCUGAUGCUGCAACUUCAAUGUAAUAAUAAUAACUCAGAGAGAGUAUCUACAUUUUUUUUAAGUUGUAAUGUGGAGAACAAGGAAUAAAAGGAGGCAAGCUUGCGAUCUCCAAAUCGUCUGUUAUUUACUUAUCUUAUAUAUAGUACU